UUGGGGGGCUCGGGGGGGGCGCAGGGGGGGCAACGGGUGCUGGUGACGGGGCUCCACGCCUGCGGGGACCUCAGCCCGGCCCUGCUGAGGCAUUUCGCCCGCAGCCCCUCGGUGGCCGCCGUGGCCUCGGUGGCUUGUUGUUACAUGAAGUUGUCUACCCCCCCUCAACCCCCCGGUUGCCCCCCCGGUUAUCCUCUAAGCUCUUGGGUAACCGGUUUACCGGGCCACGAGCUCUCCUACCGGGCUCGGGAGGCCGCCUGCCACGCGUUGGAGGAAUAUCGAGGCCGGUUGGACGGGGAGAACCAGGCCCUGCGCGUCCAUUGCUACCGCGCCGUCCUGGAGACCCUCAUCCGGGCGGCAGAUCCCACCAAGAAACACCCCGGGGUGCAGACCGUGAAGAAAGCCCACGCCCUCAGCUUCCCCCAGGAAGUGGUGGAAUCACCAGAGCAUCACAACAUUUCGGGUUUCCACUGUGCCCUCGUCCCUCUCUUCAACCCCCGGUUCUCCCCACGAAACCUGGUGCUGGUGGCCGCGCGGACCCCCCUGGGCACGGUGCUGGAGGGGCUGGAGGAGGAGAGCAGCGAGGACGAGGACACGGGGGGGGCAGAGCCCCCCCAAGAAGGACAGAGACCCCCAGUGCCCAGCACCGGGCGCCAACCACAAUAAACCCCAGGAUUUGUACAA